UGCAUCAUACAUGUAUAUCCUACGCUGGCGAAACCAGGACUUUCCGAACAACAGUGUGCAUAAUUGAGCGCAACAUCAUCUGUGCGCUCUCAUCACUGUCUAAGUCACAAGCUGGAUCGUCUUUCGAACGCCGUAAACAGGCGCCAGCGUCUCACUCACCUAUCGGAGCGUAUAAAGAAAGUGAUCCUGGGCGCACUCCUCACGAAGCCUUCAGCAAUGGCGGAAUCCUCUCUCUCGUCCAUAAACAUUCCUCAGAUCCUCGCGGUUGCUCUCGUUGGGUUCUUCGCCAUCCGCUGGUUCAUGAGCAAGCCUUCCGCGCCCGGCAACAAUGCAAGCUCAUCGUCACGGAGAGGACAGCAAGUUGACCUUACCAAAGUCGAGCAAGUAGCCGCAAUGUUCCCACAGCUCGACCGAAGAACGAUCGCCUGGGACCUGCAUAGAAACGGCCAGUCUGUGGGCGCUACUACCGAGAGAGUGCUGAGCGGACAAGGGCUUGACAACCCGCCGCCUUCGUACCAACCGCAUUUACCAAGUCCGAAUCAGCAGGCACCGGCUGUGGGGGUCAGUGCGGGUACCAGAAAGGACGGCACGAGGAACGAAGACCUGAUUACUCGAUAUGGACUGCAGGGUCGGGUCGGCGGGAAAGGCAAGGAAGCGGAGCUGAGCGAAGAGCAGAAGCGCAGCGCUUGGAGCUCUGACAAGGCUGCGAGAGCGGAAGGCCUGAAGAAAAGACGAGACGAGAUGAUUCUGCAGGCCAGACGGCGGAUGGAGGCUAAAGAGAGUGGAGCAUGACACUGUCCGGCCGCGGGUCUUGAGCGAUUGUAGCAAGCGCGCGCACGGCAUUCACUUUCCAUAGCGUCUCUUACUCUUGCACAUACGUUUGCAAAGUCGUCCGUCCGCGCCUGACCACCAUUGACAGUCUUUCUGAUCAUCACGUGCCAUCUUCACAUCGCUAGUCAGCCCUAUGGCGGGGGACUUGGCUCGUGGAGGCGGAUCGGCGGGUUGGCUUGCAGCG